CUAAGGUAACCCUAAACCCGCAAGGGAAACUUCUCUGAUUUUUUUCUCUCUCUCUCUCUCUCUCUCACAGAGAAUCCUGUUGAAUCGGAAUCAGAGUUGUCGUUCGUCAAUUCAGUCAUGGAUUUGUAUAUGAGGUUCCUGCAAUAGCCAGUUUGGGAGGUACUGAUAAGUUCAAAGGGGAUAAAUUUAUCAGAGAAGCUGAGUUGUGAGAGAAAGAAGAGACUAGAUAAAACCGUUUAACAUAAAGUUGUCGUCCUUGUUCGAUGGUUGAUUCUCCUCUAAAGACUAGUGCUACUAUGGAGGAAUUAAAAUUACCAUCCAAGCAGAGUCUGGAAGGAAAGGAAAAGGAACAAGGUGAAGCUGCUGAACAUUCUUCUGUGAAGAAUGAUACUACUGCAAAAGAAAUCAAUCCAUCACGGGAUCGGAAAAGGUGGAGAAAGAAAGAGAAGAAACAAGGUGAAGCUGCUGAGCAUAAAGGUUAUCAGUUUUCAGUGGAUAUUUCUUCUGUGAAGAAAGAUACUACUGUAAAGGAGGUAGAUUCAUUGCUAUGUAAAAAUGUUGAUCCUAAAAACAAAGGUCCUAAUGUUUCGCUGGAUAAUUGUUCGCCACAGACUGAUGCCCCUUCUGAGAAGAUAAAUUCAUCACCGAAGCCGAAAAGGGAAAGAAAGGAGAAGAAACCGGUUGAAGCUGUUGAGCAUAAAGAUCAAGGUCCUGAUGUUUCACUUGGUAAAUCUACUCCAAAUACUGAUAUGGAUAAUGAAUUUUCUAAUAUUGAUGCUACUAGAGAGGAUGUAAGUUCAUCAUCGAAGCGGAAAAGGAAGAGAAAGAAGAAGAAACAAGAAAAAGCUGUUGAAGAUAAAGGCCCUCGUGCUUCACUGGAUAAGAAUUCUCAGAAGAUUGAUGAUACCGCAGAGGAUUCGUUAAACAUAUCCCCAGCUUUACCUAAUCCUUUAGGCUCCCAAGAUAUUGUAGAAUGUAGUUCUAAGAAGAGAAACAAAAGAAGGAAACGGCAGAAGACAAAAUAUAAUGCUCUUGAAAGCAUUGUUAACACUAAUGAUGUGCCAAAAGAUACCUUUUCAUCAAAAUUUUGUACACCUGCCUUGCAUAUGCCUUCAGAACAUCCAAUUCAAUUUGGGUCCACUGAUUCUAUAAGAGGAAAAUCUUGUGCAGAGACAAAUAUUUGUCAGCAAGACAAUGACAAGGGGGAUCAGCAUAUACCAAUAAAGGAAGCGGAAAACACCAAUGGGGAGCAUGUUGUUCAAGACAUAAGCCGGUCCUACAACUCAAAGAAUAAGCUUCUUAUCCUUGAUAUGAAUGGACUUCUAGCUGACUUUGCCAAAAAGGUUCCUCAAGGAAGUAAAAGUCCGGAUUUUAAAAUUUAUGGGGGAAGAAAAGGGUCGAUAAAAGUUUUCAAGAGGCCCUUCUGUGAUGAGUUUAUACAGUUUUGUCUUGACAGGUUUCAUGUGGGUGUUUGGUCAUCUAGAAAGAAGAAAAAGCUUGGUACAGCAGUCAACAAAAUUUUUGGGGAAUCAGCAUCCAAACUGCUCUUUCGAUGGGAUCAGUCCCACUGUACGAAAACAGGAUCUUGUACCCUUGAGGACAAAGGCAAGCCAAUUGUGUUCAAGGAACUUCGAAAGUUAUGGGAAAAAGUGGAUGCCAGUCUUCCAUGGAAGAAGGGAGAGUUUAAUGAGUCAAACACAUUAUUGUUGGAUGACUCCCCUUACAAAGCAUUACUGAAUCCUAGGAACACAGCAAUAUUUCCCAAUCCUUACCAUUUUGAUGAUGUUGAUGACACAUCAUUAGGGCUGGGAAGUGAUCUUCAUAUGUACCUUGAAGGGCUGGCUGGGGCUGAGAAUGUUCAAGAGUAUGUGGCAUCACAUCCAUUUGGCCAAGAGGCCAUAACCGAAACACACCGGUCUUGGAAUUUCUAUCGCAAAGUUAUUGAAGCAGUUAAACGCAACAAAAUUGCUGCUCAGAUGCGGGCUAUGUCUAGGGGACAAUUGCAGAGCUCCACCGUAACAGGCGAAAAUACUGUCCAUUUGCUUCCUGCUGCCGGUGAUCCUCCACAAGAGCCCACAACACUUGUUGCUAGCGCCACCGAUGAUCCACAGUUGACCAAGGCGCCACCACCUCCCACUACCCGAGAUCCACUACAAUUGACUGAUCCAGUGCCACUUCCUUCCACAGCCACUGCGGCAAUGCUUCCUUAAUGCUGGUCACCACACAAACCACAGCUGAAAAUUCCAAAGCCGCCGGCUGCACUGUUCCCCUUAAAGAAUCCCUGCACCGGCUGGUGUCAUGGUGAAUGUUGUCUGCCUUUGCGAGAAACCACUCGCCAUGUUGCCAAAUGACCCAUCGCUAUUCUUUGUGCACAUCAAGCCACCGUGCACCUCCUUUGCAUUGUGCUGCUGCUGCCUGCUGCCUGCUGCCUGCUGCUGCAUAUCUUCUUUGGUUCACUCAAAAUUUCUGCGCUUUGGGUCUCGAUCUAUUAUCUGGGUCCUGAAGCCCUGAUUAUUGUUGUUAGCAUCAUGCUGAUUACUGUUCCAUUGAAACUAAAUUCUUUGCUGUAAUUUUUAGGUGAUUGAGUUGUUAUAUUAGUUUCCAUGCAUUUUUGUGCACUUUUUGUAGUUUCAAGAAACUUGUUUAUUAAUGCUUUCAAGAUGUAAAGCAGAGGCCUAAGGGUUGUCAUGAGCCAAGUUAUAAUGGCAUUGUGAUUAUAGGGCAACAAAAUUAAAUGAGCUACUUUUGCCAUUCCAUGUCCCAGAAUUUUAUUUUACUUUAUUUUUCUA